CUCCUCUGCAACCCAUCUGUACAUCAGUGCUCGCUACAAGGAACGAUCAUCAAAAUGAAGUCCAUCCUUGUGGUUGUUUUAUUUCUUGGGACAGUCCUUUGUUUCCCGCUUGAUAUGUAUGUGGAAUAUGACAUCCACUUUGCUCCUGCUGAGGCAGCAGCGGCCAUCCCUGCGGGGGUUCCUGCUGGCAGCCUGGAAGUGCUCCUGCCUUUGAAUGCUCCGGCUGGUGCUCCUGUGCGUGGAUUCAUCAAACAGGACAUCCCACAGCCCAAUGGCAAAGAUAAAGAGGUGUUCUACCCAUUUGGAUUUGAUGCUCCAGCCGCGCCCGCAGCAGCCGCACCAGCUCCCGUUGCCCCUGUCGCUCCUGUGGCCCCCGUCGCCCCCGCUGCUCCUGUUGUCGCAGUUGUCGCCCCUGUUGCCCCGGUCGCCCCUGCUGCCCCAGCCGCUCCAGUGGUUGCAGCCGCUCCCGCUGCAAAGAGAAGUGACGAAGACGAGGAGGAAGAAGAAGAUUAAACCUCAAGCGUCAGAGGCAGCUCUACAAAGGGCAACUACCUACCACAAAAAAGCUGACAGAAUUCUUGGACUAUUCCCGCGUUUGGUGUUGAAAUAUGGUGCUAUAUUUUUAUGUGAAAUGAAUUUGUGCUUUGCAUCUAAAUUUGGGUGUAUUUGAUGUGUUUGUGUGUGGUUUUCUACUAUUUUUCUACAAAUUUUCUAUUCUUACUGUGUUGCUGCUGCUUCAAAAUAAAGGCAAAGGCUUCCA